AAAUUAGUGCUUGAAAUGGACAUGCAGAGGCGCGUGGUCAAUUCAACAUUAUCGAGAAUAUAUGUAGUCAAUUCAGAAUCAAAAUUGAGAUGGUUACCAGUUGGAGAUGGAAUCUGGAUAGCUGGCCAUAAAUAUGUUGACAGUGAAUAUGUACUUGAUUUUAUUGUUGAAAGGAAGAAUGUUGAUGAUUUACGUUGUUCCAUCAGGGAUAAUCGAUAUAGGGACCAAAAACUGAGGCUUCUGUUAUUUCAAAUAACUCAAUGCCUUAUAUUGCUUUCUUGAAGUUUCCCUGCAGCUGUUAUUUCUGGUGUUAAAACUUGCUACACACACACAUACAUGAAUGGAUAGUUGCUUUGAGAGUAAAAAACUCUUGCUCUUGUGGUCUGUUGAGCAUGCUUAAGGAUAGAGCAUUUGAAGUUCUUUCCUAGUAAUUUUAGUAUUAGGAUUUUAG